GUGACAGUUUAUAAAAUAUGGCGGACUCCGCAGGAAAUUGGUGUCUCAUUGAGAGUGAUCCUGGUGUUUUUACAGAAUUAAUUAAAGAAUUUGGUGUCAAAGGAGCACAAGUGGAAGAAUUAUGGAGUUUGGAUGAUGAUCAAAUUUUUGAAGAUUUGAAGCCCAUACAUGGCUUAAUAUUUUUAUUUAAAUGGGUACAAGAUGAUGAAUUAUCAGGAAAUAUUGUACGUGAUCAUAGAUUGGACAAAAUAUUUUUUGCAAAACAAGUAAUAAACAAUGCCUGUGCAACACAAGCUAUAUUGAGUGUUUUAUUAAAUUGUAAACACUCAGACAUAUCUUUAGGACCAAAUUUAGAGGAAUUUAAAAAUUUCUGUCAAAGUUUUGAUGCAAAUAUGCGUGGACUUGCACUCAGUAAUUCUGAUGUUAUAAGAGAAGUGCAUAAUUCUUUUUCCAGACAAACCUUAUUCGAAUAUGACUCCAAGCAAGCAUCUAAAGACGACGAUGUAUUUCAUUUUGUGAGUUACGUUCCAAUUGAUGGCCAUUUGUAUGAAUUGGAUGGAUUAAAAGAAGGUCCAAUUGAUUUAGGCCCAUGUUCAAUGGGAGACCAAUGGGUACAAGCUGCAAAGCCUAUAAUUCAAAAACGAAUAAACAAGUAUAAUGAAGGCGAAAUUCAUUUUAAUUUGAUGGCUAUAGUAACAGACAGAAAAACUUUAUAUGAAAGGCAAAAAGCCAAUGUCUGCGAUCCUGCAGAACUAGAACGUUUGCAAUCACUAAUUGAGGAAGAAAUAAGAAAGUCGAAAAGAUACCAAAUAGAGAAUAUUAGAAGGAAACAUAAUUAUUUACCACUAAUUAUGGAACUCUUGAAGAUUCUUGCUAAAGAAGGCAAGCUUGUACAUCUGUAUCAAAAGGCAAAGGAUAAAGCACUCGAAAAGGAGUCAAAGAAAAAUAAGGUGUAAAAUUAUUUAAAGAAAAAAAUUAAACUUUGAAAAUUAAUUUUAUUAUAGCAGAGGAAAAUCAGUCACUGUAUCAAUCUUUUUUUUAAAUAAAUAGUUAAUUGCAUAAUAA